CUUUCUUCUUAAUUCAAUUGUUCUGUCUAUCUCUCCCUGAAAUUUCUCUGCUAUUACAAAUAGUUUCAUCAAUGGAGGGAAUUGCAGAAUCGGUUAUUGUACCAAAAUCUCCCAUUAAUGAAUCCCUUCAGGAAACACUUGCACCAAAAGCUCCGAUGAAUGAAGCUACUGAAAAGAUUGUUGUUGCAGCAGAACCAAAAACACCGCCAUUAAAUCGACCUACAAUUGUUCUUCCCAAUUCUCCAAUCAACACCACACCUGAUCGACUUAAGGUCCCCAAGCCAUUUAAAUAUCCUGAAAGGUACACAAGUCCAACUGAUCAAAUGAUGUCUCCUGUUUCGAAGAGGCUUUUAAUUGGUAGAAGUAGAAAGGCCAGCACACUGUUGCCGCCCUCCAAAAAUCGACCUCUUCAUCAACAUAUGGUUCAGGAGUCUGGUCUUUGUCAAACUUUGAAUUGUUGAUCAUGUUAUUUAUUGUGACUUCAAUAAACUACUUCUAGUGGGGGUUUAUGCUUAUUUUUCCUUUUAUAUCUCAACUUCCAAAUGUAAAAGGGGUAACAGUAUUGUUAUUUCUAUACUUUAUAUCUUUCACCAGACUU